AUGCCUGGACUUCUCCUAACGCCAGAGACCGAGUUCAACAAAAUUCAGAUCAAGAAGCUGCACCCAACCUUCGCGGCCGAGAUUGAAGGGGUUGAUUUCUCCAAGCCAAUUCCAGACGACGUGUUCAGGGAGAUCCUGGCCGCUUCCGCGAAGUAUGGUGUGAUUGUGUUCCGGAAGACUGGCCUCGACGACAAAGGGCACGUUGAAUUUUCUCGCCGAUUUGGCGAGUUGGACGACAUCAGGCCGUACAUGACCAAUGGGAGAAAGCCACGAUAUGAAUACUAUGAGCUUUUUGACGCCGGAAAUAUCGAUCCCGACACGAACACUGUUCUCUCACCAGAUAGUCCCCGUGCACAAUACAACAAGGGCAACGCCCUGUACCACGUCGAUUCUUCUUUCAAUCCUCGAAGGGCGUCGUACUCGAUCUUGAAGGCCCACGAACUGCCACCACCCAACACUGGUGGCAAUACCGGAUUUGCUGACACGCGGACGGCAUUUGACGAGUUGGACCCCGAUUUGAAGGCCGAGCUUUUGGAAAAGAAUUAUAUUGGCGCCCAUUCCCUCUACUCGUCACGCAAGAAGGCAGCACCGGAUUAUUUCAAGGAUGUCGAUGUGAACAACUUUCCAAUGCACAGACAUCGCCUUGUGCAGAAGCACGAACCAUCAGGUCGGAUGAAUCUUUAUAUUGCCGCUCACAUGGAUCAUAUCGUGGAUGUACCUCCAGAGAAAUCGAAGGAGCUUAUGGACAAGCUUAUGGCGCAUGCGACGCAGGACAAGUAUACCAUAAGCAUUCCAUGGAACGACCCUGGUGACUUGAUUAUCUGGGACAACACAUGUGUUAUGCAUCGAGCUGAAGGUGGAUCAUUCGCUGGAAAGUACCGGCGAGAUUUAAGGAGGACCACAGUGCACGAUGACAGCCCCUAUGCCUGGGGUCUCAAUAAGCAAGGACAGGAUGAGAGACCAGGCUUCGUAUUGUAUGACUUGUGA